AUGGCUCUUUUCAUCAAACGUGAAGUUUUAUCGGACGAGGAGGACCUCGACGGUGACCCUUGUCAUGGUACCAUUGAGAUUUUGGAGUAUGAGCAGCGGCUUAUGGUCGAUACGAUGGAUGAUGAUGUCAUCUUCGUUCAUGCCAGAGGUCUUGGAAUGGAGCGACUAUUUCUUAAUCAUCUUAUAAUGUAUUCUGAUCAAAAGCUUUUGACUAUUGUAUUGAAUACAUCUCAGCAUGACGAGUCGUAUUUCAUCGAACAACUCAAAGCUGCGAAUGUGCCGUGCCUUCCGAAAGUGAUCAACGCUGAUGUCUCUACCAAAGAUAGGUCAGUUUCGUAUUUCAUCGAACAACUCAAAGCUGCCAAUGUGCCGUGCCUUCCGAAAGUGAUCAACGCUGAUGUCUCUACCAAAGAUAGAGAAGCUGUGUAUCUUGAAGGUGAAGUGCAGUUUAUCACUUCACGGAUAAUACUGGUUGACUUAUUGACUGACAGUGUACCAGUAAAAAAUAUUGCUGGCAUACUAGUUUAUCGAGCUCAUCAAGUUCUCUCAUCGUUUCAAGAGUCAUUCAUUUUGCAAUUAUAUCGUGAACGGAAGCCGGGUGGCUUCGUUAAGGCAUUUACGGAUAUUCCUACGUCGAUCUGUGCACUUGGGCAGUUACAGAGGGUAGUGGAUCGCUUAUACAUUAGGCGAGUACGCCUGAUUCCGCGUUUUGAUACCGAUGUAAAAAUUACUUUGGAAAAAUGUCCGCCAGCAAUGACUGAGAUGAUUGUGGAUCUUCCGGCUACUCUGCGCAGAGUGCACACCACAUUUGUUGAGCUGUUGAAAGUGUGCGUUCGUGAACUAAAGCAAUGUCUACAGUCGAGAAGCAGGUUGGGUUUUUCGGCAGUAUUGGAAGAAGAUACUGUAAAUGUUGCUGUUUAUAGACCCAGUCUUUUGGAAAGGCAAUUAGGCGAGAGACGGUAGGC